CUCAGACACCUGUCUGUCAAUGCCCCAUGUUCUCCCAAAAUGACAAGGCAAAUGAACUGCAACUGUAACUGCAUGUACGCGUUUUCUUUUUACAGACCGUCUUCACAAAAACAACUUGGUACACAUUUAACACUCAUUACACUCAACUUGGAGCAGACAUUGGGAAGACAGUGACAUUUUAGUGGAACGCUGUUUUGACAGAGAUGCAGAUGGAUUAAGAGGCUUUCUGGCAAGAGCGCUGUUUUAUGGCUGGGUUGGAGAGUUUGACCUCAAAACAGAUUUAGACCGAUAGAGAAAAAAAUUGCUAACUAACACCAAACACGCAGAUUGGCCCAGAACAACACAGCAGAUUGGGAUCAGUUAAGCAUUAGACACAUUACAUUAUGGCUGUAUGUGUCCACUCUGCUCCAGAUGUUAUCAGGACCAUCACCCACUCUGUGCACCCGUUUGGAUGUUUAGAUAGACAAUAUAUGGUGGUGUUCAGGUUUUUUCCUAUGUAAACGUAUCGUGUCAGCAUAUGUUCACUAAGCCUCAUGCCAAAAGAGAAGACCCAUAAAUAUCACUAUGCUCUGUCAGGUUCCUCCCAUACACUUCCCAAUCAUAGUGUAAUGCCAUAGAAACCAAAUGGUGAAGAUAAGGUUCUGUUGCCUUUAUAAUAAGAUUCCUACCCGCAUAGACUUCUAAAAUAGAGGUUUUGAUUAGUGUUUGUUGUUUCUUCUACAGCAGGGAGCGUUUUCAUAUACAUUCCUCUGAUUCUCCUACAGCAUCAAUAUACAAUGUGUUUACAUUGGAGUGGGAAGUUUGCUUUUGUUUUAGAGUAAUUUAGAAAGUAAAUGAAGUGUGUCUGUUGGAAUGGAUUAUUAGGAUGUUGUCUAAUCGAGACACUGCACACUAUGCAUCAUCUCGGCUAAACGCUGCGACUGAGUCGUGCCAAUUAGCAGGAAGUGCCCAGGGGGAGCAAAUUACUGAUGCGCAAGAGGCAAGCGUACUUCUAAAGCACUGGUUUGAAAACAUGUGCAACACUGAUGCACUCUCCCAAGUUGAUCAAGGACAGAUUAAUUCAAGCAGAAUGUACGAACCUCUGAAGAGACAUGAAAUUUAAUUCUCUGUUAUCUGUAUUGUAUUGGAGAUUGAUGGUCUCACGCAGACAGUUUAAUGUCAUACACAGGGUUUUCAGACGGUUCUAGGCUUGUCAUUCAGUUUAGAGAUGUGCGUGACUGACUAGUGACUGUCUCUGGGUCGUUUUGUGAUUUUAAAGUUCCCACUACAGUACUGGCCACUGGCUAGUAUAGGCCACAUAUUGGCUUGAUGAAAGAAUGUCUAGGAACAUGUUCAUGAACAUGAUUUUUAGGCAAAAAUAAACAUCAAACAAAAAAAGCAGAAAGACAUUUCAUUGUACUCAGAGCAUAUUGACACAUUGGUAUGUUUUUCCUUAAUUAUUUUGUCAGCCCAUGCAGCUGAAUGGUGUUUGAUGUAAGUUAUGGAAUGAGAAAUGGAAAUUUAUGGAAAGUGUUUGAUUUUCUUUGUUUGGGCAUGUGUGUGGCCAGUGAACACGUAAAACACCUUUUGUGGUGAUGUUGUGUUGGUUUUGUACUCCUUUAUGUUUUGCAGUGGUGACCCCUCUCUCCUUGUGUCCACUCUGCUGUGGGAAACCAGACUCUCUGGAGUCUAUGGACAGAAUGAGUGAGCUGCUGCAGUCUCUGGACACGUGUGAGAAUGACCCUGUGGCUGUGGCCAGAUGCUUCGUAGACAAGAGUGAUGAUUUUGAGAUCUACACGCAGUACUGCACAAACUACCCCAACUCUGUGGGUGCACUGACAGACUGCAUGAGGAGUAAGACCCUGGCCAAGUUCUUCAGCGAUCGCCAGGCCUCUCUCAAGCGUUCUCUCCCCCUGGGCUCCUACCUGCUCAAACCUGUCCAGAGGAUACUCAAAUACCACCUGCUUCUGCAGGAGAUCGCCAAGCACUUUGACCCUGACGAGGAGGGCUAUGAGGUGGUGCAGGAGGCCAUCGACACCAUGACCGGAGUGGCCUGGUACAUCAAUGACAUGAAGAGGAAACACGAGCACUCUGUCAGGCUGCAGGAGAUCCAGUCUCUCCUGAUCAACUGGAAGGGCCCUGACCUCACUACAUAUGGAGAGCUGGUCCUGGAGGGAACUUUCCAGGUACAACGUGCCAAGAACACCAGGAUGCUGUUCCUCUUCGACAAGAUGCUCCUCAUCACCAAGAAGAGAGGAGAGCACUACGUCUAUAAGACCCACAUCUCGUGCUCGACCCUGAUGCUGCUUGACAGUGCCAAGGACCCCCUGCACUUCAGUGUGAUACACUUCAAGCAUCCCAAGCAGCCUCACACUGUGCAGGCCAAGACUGUAGAGGAGAAGCGCCUCUGGGCUCAUCAUAUCAAGAGGCUGAUUCUAGAGAACCACCACACCAUCGUCCCACAGAAGGCAAAAGAGGCCAUCCUGGAAAGGAAUUCUCUCUACCCAGGGUCAGGGAGGUACCGCUAUAGCCCAGAGAGGCUGAAGAAAGCUGUAUCCUGCCAGGCUGAAGACUUCCCUGCAGAAGGGCGACACGGACGCAGGAGAUCAGAACCAGCGAAACAGAUUGUGAGGACAACCAAAGCCAUUCUGAAGCAUGCAGACAGUGAAGGUGCUCUGCUGGGGGACAGGCGUUCCCUGCAGCCCUCUGCUAGUGUCGGUAUGCUGGGCUCCAGUCUAGGCAAGCCCAAGGCUGAGAGGCCUAGUGUACAGGAGGACCAGGAGGAGCUAUGUCCCAGUGACGGUGAGGACCCUAGGCCAGGGUCCCCGCCCCACCAGGGGGGCACUGAGCAGGAGGAAGAGACUGAGGAGGAGAAGGGGGAGAUAAACAUGGAUGAUAUUCUGAUGGAGGACGACCAGGAUGAAGAACACUGUGAGGUUGUAGAUGAGAAGAGACCAAUGGGGGAGAGGAUGGAUACAUCAGCCCAGGAGAUCAGUGAGAUGGCUACAGUGGAGGCCUUCGCUGACCAGGCGUAUGUGGAGGUGCUCCCUCAAAGCAGUGCUCCUAAGGUAGUGGUAAUGGAACAGAGUGAGGAGAACCCACCCCUAUACACAGAGCCUGAUGCCUUGCCCACCCUGCCUCCCAGACAGCUUGAGACAUCUCGGACACCGGAGCCUGAGAAGAGGAAAGAGGAGAGGUACAGAGAGGGAGAAGAGGAGGAGAGAUACAGAGAUGAAGAGGAGAAGAGUGACCGCUCUGCCCACCAACAGGACGAGAUGAACUCCUCAUCAGCGACCAAUGGAGAGUGUUCGGAGUUGGAGGAGGAGGAUAGGGCGGUGCGGACUGAGACCAGCAGUAUCCUACCUGCCUCUGUGUUGGACCAGGCCAGUGUAAUUGCUGAGCAUUUUGUCAGCAGCCUGUCCCGGAGAGGCAGCCUGGUGGUCUCAGAGGAUCUGCAUUCCCUGGGCUGCCCCACACCUCAGCCGGGCAGCAGGAGCAGCAGCAACCCCGGUCUGAGCACCAUGCUCCAGGAGAAGGCCCAGACCCUGGUCAACUCCACCCCAGAGCCCCCACUGCUCCUCGAGGCCAACACCUCGAUGCCUGACCCUAGACCAGACCACCUCAUGGAGGUGGAGCGCCGGUCCACUCUCUCCAAGCAGGACCGGAUACUCAUUCACAAGAUCAGGAGGUACUACGAACAUGCUGAGCACCAGGACGCCAGCUUCAGUAUCACACGCAGGGAGAGCCUGUCCUAUAUCCCUGCAGGCCUGGUCAGACACCUGAGCCGGCAGCUUAAUGGCAAACCCCAGGACCAGGUGGUUCCAGGGCACCGGAAGAGCCCCCGAACAUCCGGCCCACCUUCUGGUCAGUAUUCGACCUUCCUGGCUUAGAAAAAG